AUGAACGGCACUGAAGGACCCAACUUUUACGUCCCCAUGUCCAACAGGACCGGGGUGGUCCGCAGCCCCUUCGAGUACCCUCAGUACUACCUGGCCGAGCCCUGGAAGUACUCUCUGGUGGCUGCGUACAUGCUCUUCCUCAUUGUCACCACGUUCCCCAUCAACUUCCUGACGCUCUACGUGACGGUCAAGCACAAGAAACUGAGGACGCCCCUCAACUACGUCCUGCUCAACCUGGCGGUGGCCGACCUCUUCAUGGUGGUGGGGGGCUUCACCGUCACCCUCUACACGGCCCUGCACGGAUACUUCAGCUUGGGCGUCGCCGGCUGCAACAUCGAAGGGUUCUUCGCCACUUUAGGAGGAGAGGUGGCUCUGUGGUCGCUGGUGGUUUUGGCGAUCGAGCGCUACGUGGUGGUGUGCAAACCCAUGAGCAACUUCCGCUUUGAGGAGAAGCACGCCAUCUGUGGGCUGGGAUUCACGUGGAUCAUGGCUUUGACCUGCGCUGCGCCCCCCCUGCUCGGAUGGUCACGGUACAUCCCCGAGGGCAUGCAGUGUUCCUGCGGCAUCGACUACUACACGCCCAAACCUGAGAUCAACAACGGCUCCUUUGUCAUCUACAUGUUCGUCCUGCAUUUCGUCAUCCCGCUCAUCAUCAUCUUCUUCUGCUAUAGCCGCCUGCUGUGCACCGUGAGAGCGGCGGCGGCCCAGCAGCAGGAGUCGGAAAGCACCCAACGGGCCGAGAAGGAGGUGACCCGCAUGGUCGUCGUCAUGGUGAUCUCCUUCCUGGUGUGCUGGGUGCCCUACGCCAGCGUGGCUUGGUACAUCUUUGCCAACCAAGGGAUCCAGUUUGGGCCGGUCUUCAUGACGGCGCCGGCGUUCUUCGCUAAGAGCGCCGCUCUUUACAACCCUGUCAUCUACAUCCUGCUCAACAAGCAGUUCCGAAACUGUAUGAUCACCACCGUGUGCUGCGGCAAGAACCCGUUCGGUGACGACGACGAUGCCGGGGCCGGUGGCCAUUCCAAAACCCAGACGUCGUCCGUCGCCUCCGGUCAGGUGGUCCCUGCAUGA